UACCAUCCUACUUGGGCUCAUCAGUUCCUAAAUGGACCUCAAGAUUGGGCUUACCAACACUUUCCCCCCACAAGACAAAAAUACCCUCAAAAAACUUUCAAAUUUCCCAAUCUCAUCAAAUGCAACAGCAACCAUUACCCAGCUAAAACCUUGGAACUCACAAAACCCUCAAAUGCUCCGAUCAAUACUUCGAACCGCCGCCGCCGCUAGGGCAGUAUCAGCAUCUUCUAGAACCUUCGCUACAGGCACACAACACCCGAAAAAACCAAAUUUCCGACCCGAUAUAAAACCCGAAAAUGCAGGAGCUAAAGUUGCUGAUACGCUUAAUAAGGAAGUUCGUGCACGUGCUCUUAAAGAAGAUGAGAAGGAUAGAUCACUUGAUAUUGGUCCACAUGGUCGUCCAUUAUUCACUAACGCAACUAACAUUUCUGAAUUAACCAAAAAAGAUACAUCUACUUACAUGAAAUUCAGGAGGGAAGAGCUGGAGAGUGCUUUGCCGGAGGGAUUACCAAUUGGGAUGCUGAAGGAAUUUGGGGACUCAAUGAGAGAUGCAUUGCUAAUACGUCAGAGUUUUCUGGAUCUUCGAGAUAAUUUUAGAAGGGUUGUUGAUCCUAAUUUGCAAUCGAAUGCUAAAGGUCUUAAAGCUCGAAAGCAAGUUGUUUUAGAUGGGCCUGUAAGUAGUGGAAAGAGUAUUGCCCUUGCAAUGCUUGUUCAUUGGGCGCGUGAUGAAGGUUGGCUAGUUCUUUAUGUUCCUAAAGGCCGAGAAUGGACUCAUGGAGGCUUUUUCUAUAAAAAUCCUAAAACAGGAUUAUGGGAUACUCCUGUGCAAGCAGCAAAUGUUCUCCAGGAUUUUUUGAAGUAUAAUAAGGAUCACCUCCAAAAGCUGCCGUGCAAAAUUUUUGAACCUAUUCCAUUGGGAGAAGGAGCUGGUGUUGGAUGGAUGAAGGGUGCGGACGUGGUACAAAUACCAGAAGAUUAUACUCUGCUUGACCUGGUUCAGGUCGGGCUUAAUUCCACUCACGCUGCUGUUGGGGUGGUAGUUCGUUUGAGGGAAGAAUUAUCACUUGUGAAGGACAUGCCUGUUCUUAUUGCAGUUGAUCAAUACAACAGUUGGUUCACAUUCAGCGAGUAUGAGGAGCCAGUAACUGUUCGUUCUUGCCGACCUAUUCAUGCUAGAGAACUUGCUAUUGUGAAUGCAUUUAGGUCCAUGAUUCAUGACAAUAUGAUGGUGGGUGCUUUCUCACAUUCAACUGCUGUAGGGAAGCUGCGUAAAGACUUACCAGAUGUUCCUGCUGAUGCUCGCGUCAAUUUCCCACGAUAUAGUGUGGAUGAAGCAGCAGCCGUUUGUCAUUACUACCUGAGACAACGACUCAUUCAACGUGAAGCAUUUACAGAAGAAAGCUGGAAGAAAAUCUAUUAUCUGGCAAAUGGAAAUGGCGCAGAAAUGAGAUGGCUGGUUCCUUUCAUGCGAUGAGCCACGAAGAAUCGAAAUUUGAGAGAUUAACAUUGAGAUUUUAACAGGGAAGUUGUUGAAUCUGCUGAUGCUCUGUGAAUCUGGUCAUUCUUGGCAAAUAAUCUGGCUGCUCUCUUGACCAACUCUUUGGAGAAACAGUGAGGUUAGGUUUACCUCCAGAAAUUUUGCUUUGUACUCUAGGAUAGUUCAGGCAUAUAUUGCCUGUGUUUGUAUGCUUUGAUAUCCAGAACAUUGUCAAAGAUUUAUAUAUACAUCAUCACACUGGGCAUAGUUCAUUCUGUUUUGUUUUACUUGUUUUCCUGAUCUGGUGUAUGUAUUCAAUAAUGUUGUAACUGCACAACAUAUUAAACCUUCUGAUUUUUAAGGAUUUAUCCUUAACGAGGUGGAUGCUUUUAGAUUUACCCCGCAAA